CGUCGGAUCGUGUCCUAGACCCCACCCCUUCUUCGCGCUCUUGUACUGCUUCGGAGUCACCUCGCGGUCUUUUUGCGAAGCAGAUCAUCAGACGUGGUGCCGAAUCCGUGAUUUUGUUUGGUGGGUUUGUCGCCCUGUUGCGAUUUUAGUCUAUGUCUCUUAGAGGUGACAGUGGACUGUGUUUUUUCACAAUCGAGAGGGGUGGUGCGGUGGUGGUGGUGGUGGCAAAAUGCGUAUGGGAAGGCUCGAAGUUUUAAACCAUUCCAUCACAUGCGAACGACGAUUAUUCUAUGAGUUCUAUCACAGUUCUCUAGCAUUAGAAGUGCUGAAUCUGAACCACGCUGUACCUGGUUAAAGAAGGAAUACUGUAUUUCAUUUUUGGAGAAACUCUUGGCAUAGUUUAUCGCGAAACAAGCGGGCGCUGUUACAUUUCCAGGCAUUUACAGGUUACAGGUGGACAGGGGUACUGUCUUUGAAAACUUUGCUGGCUGUUUGAGGAUUACCCCAACAGUUUCUUCAAGCGAGAGAGCCCGGCGUUGAAGUCUAUCUUCCAUGGUAGCGGUAGUGUUUGCAACAGUUAGAAAGUCCCUCCUUGCGUGUCAAGCUGAAGAAGAGGUGGAAAUCGUCGAAGCAGUGACCGCACGAGCGUGCAUUAAGCAAUCAGCGAGUGUGAAAGGGAAGAAACUCAAGAUGAGCAUGGAUAUUGGGUGGCCAACAGAUGUUGAACAUGUUGCUCAUGUUACUUUUGAUCGUUACAAUGGGUUUCUGGGUUUGCCCGAGGAGUACGAGCACGAAGUUCCUAGGCCCACUCCUAGUGCAAGCCAAAAUGUGUUCGGCGUCUCAGCGGAGUCGAUGCAGUGUUCGCUUGACGCUCACGGCAACAUGGUUCCGACGCUUCUUUUGCUCCUACAGAAGCGGUUGUAUGACCAAGACGGCCUCAAGGCCGAAGGCAUUUUCAGGAUUAAUCCUGAAAACAGCCACGAGGAGCAUGUAAGAGAGCAACUCAACCUCGGAAUUGUCCCAUCGGACAUCGAUAUCCACGCCUUAGCUGGCCUAAUUAAGGCGUGGCUUCGAGAACUUCCAACAGGUGUUUUGGAUUCGUUGAGUCCAGAGCAGGUCCUUGCUUGUCAUGGUGAGAAGGACAGCUUGGCGCUUAUUAAGCAACUGCCACAUACGGAGGCUGCUUUGCUGAACUGGGCUGUCAACCUGAUGGCCGAUGUUGUCGAGCACGAGGUUCUCAACAAAAUGAAUGCACGAAAUAUUGCAAUGGUGUUUGCACCUAACAUGACGCAGAUGGCUGACCCAUUGACAGCACUGAUGCAUGCUGUUCAAGUUAUGAAUUUGCUCAAAACUCUGAUUCUCCGCACUCUCAAGGACCGGAAGGCCUCGCUGCUGGAAUCUCACUCACCGCCGUCAUCACCAGAAUUCCCUGGAACAGAAGAACCCGAACAUGACCCUCAAGCAGCUCUCUGGGUCGAGGAUGCCAACGAUGAUGACUACGGAGGCAGCAUGUUCAACCGCCACGAUCGGCAAUGGUCUCAAACCUCUCACAACUCGUCGGCGGGGCUUCUUCGAGAUUACGAACGGACUAGCUCUCAAAGCUCACACAGUGGUGCCUGGAUGGGUCACGAACGCGGCAGCUCGCGGUAUCCUCCUCUGCCCAUUCCGACUCCUCAAGGUCGUCAACACACUUCUGGUUAUGCUGGUUCUCAGAAAUCAAGUCCUUAUCUCAGCAGCAGCAGCGUCGGGACCAGUUACGACCGAUUCAACUCAAAGAGCUCAUUACUUAAUGGCCGUGACGAGGUGCAAGGGAAUUUCAGCCCCUUCAUGCUCUUUCCACCGACACACAGCUUCAAAGCCAAGGCUGGAAGUGGCUGCAUGACUCCCAUAGACCGGACGGAACGGGUGGAAGCAUGGUGAGAACGAUGCUUGUCUCCACUUCUUCUGUUACGCUAUGAAGAGUCACCGCUAUGGAGAUGAAGAGUCACGCUAUUCCCUUGUUGGGAUUUUAACACACCUCACGAAGUGGAUUCUGUUGGGUUCCAUGUGGAUCAAGGACUGCCAGCAAAGUUUAUGCAAACUCCUGAGCCUUCGUUUUAACGCAAGGAGGUCUGACUUGAAUCGAUGGUCUUUUACACACACGAAGCACAGAUUGACCCGAUCUAUUUCGAAGCGUUGGGUAGAGGACGAGCGCACUUACUGGUCAUGAAAUCAACUGACCCUUUUUUUUUUUUUUUUUUUUUUUUUUUCCAAAGGUGAAGACCAAAUUCAGUGAGAUGCUCCACUGUCCUGAUUUUAACGGUUGCUGGAGUCUACAAUCUCCGGUGCCUUGUAUUACCGCUGGUAUCACUUGAUUCUCUGUACACUAGUUCUAGGUAACUUGGUUUGUCAUACAUAUCCAGUGGCAUUAUCCAACACUGAAUGUGUGUAUUGCUCGCUGAGCAAAAGACGCACCCAUUUUUUUGGUCGAAGCCGCCUUCUUUUGGAGGCUUCUGAUCGUAGAUACUGCCAAGCUUUGUGUUCGGCGAAUGUGGGAAUGUGAAUAUGCGAGGUCAAUUCGUUGUCAAGUUUUCCAAUUAAUCGAAACAUGUUUCUUUAUGUCUC